GUAUAAUCCAGGUUGACAAUCCCUGGUAGCAUUACUGAGGGAUUGCUGCACUGUCAGGGGCUUGAGAAUGAGAAGUGGAUGGAAUAUCUGGGAGAGGACAAUGAUCGGGAAAUCUUACUUCCUCCUGUCACUUCUCCAAGUUGGACUGUCACAAGAGUGGAAAGGUGACACUCCACGAGAGGUGACAGCGCAGGAAGGUUCGUGUGUACAGAUUCCAUGUAAUUACAGUUAUCCAGCACGUUUAGUAGGGAGAGCACGUGUCGGAAUCUGGUACCUGGAAUGGUACACAUGGAAUAUAUGGUCAAGAUGGAACAUAGCCUUUCACUCUAAGGAUCACAAUCACGAGUUACCACGGUUCCACAAUCGGACCCGGCUGUCUGGAGACCUAAAAGAUGGCGACUGUUCCCUGAUUAUAAACAACAUCAGACAGGAAGAUGCAGGAUAUUAUUUUUUCAGAAUAGAAUUUGACAAUGGUCCGAGCCAUAACUAUUGCCCUGUAACCCAGCUUCACGUUUCUGCUGAACCCUCACAAGAGUGGAAAGGUGACACUCCACGAGAGGUGACAGCGCAGGAAGGUUCCUGUGUACAGAUUCCAUGUCAUUACAGUUACCCAUCGUGUCUGGAAAACCAACCGCGAGGUGGACUCUGGUUUAAUAAUGAGGAACAGAUUCCCUCGGCUCCCAUAGCCUUUCACUCCAAGGAUCACAGUCACGAGUUACCACGGUUCCACCAUCGGACCCGGCUGUCUGGAGACCUGAAAGAUGGCGACUGUUCCCUGAUUAUAAACAACAUCACACGGGAAGAUGCAAGACCUUAUUUUUUCAGAAUAGAAUUUGACAAUGGUCCGAGCCAUAACUAUUACCCUGUAACCCAGCUUCACGUUUCUGAUUUCACAGAUAAACCCACGAUAUUCCCUGCUGAAAUUAUUGCAGGAAAGCGUGUGGAUGUAAGCUGCACCUUCAACACAACGUGCAAUGGAACAGCAGCACCUGUCUUAACCUGGGACACUCCCACUGACGUACCUGGAUCAGUCUCAAACACUGUAACUCAGCAUGGUGUCACUCUGACCUAUACUUCUGUUCUGACCCUGAUCCCAUCACUCAAACACCACGGACACAAUCUCAGCUGCAGAGUGAGAUAUCCAUCUGUUUCUUCGGAGCGGUCCCUCGUACUAACUGUGCAAGACAGUGGAGGAGAGAUUCUGCACGUGAUCCUGAUCCUGGGAAUACGAGCUGUGAUAUUCCUUGUGGCUGUGGUUAUCACUAUCGCUGGAGUCUGUGUCUGGGAGGGACAAACAGGGAAAGGAAGUCGACAGACUGUUUAAAGCUUUGUGCAGCAACAAUCUCAUCAUGGAAAAGAAGGACGACAUUUGGCCCAUUGAGUCUAUGCUGUCUCUCUGUAAAGCAAUCCAGUCAGUCCCAUUCCCCCACUCUAUCCC